UCCAGUUUCCUUCGGGCCAGUGUGCUGCUGCUGCUGCUGCCGCUGCUGUUGAUCCUCAGAGUAUUGUGCUUCGUUUCAAAAUUGUCAUAAAGUGAAACAACAUGAUGUUUGUCCUGUUCUCUCUUGUCGUCUUGUCGUUGGAUCAAUGUAUGGGACAAAUUAUCGAUAUUGGUGAUGUGUGGGAAAUUGGAUGCCCACAGGGAUGUACUUGUGAGAUCCAAAGGUAUUCUGAUUUAUCCCUGCAUCAAUGGGCUGGCACGAACAAGAAUAACGAUCAGGCUAUAUCAACCGAUGAUGUUGAUUUUAAUAUGAACGAUAAUCUAAUGAAUCAUGAAUUGCUGAAGAUUGCAACAUGCGUGAUUGUUGACAACUCUGAAGAACUUUUGGCUAAACUGCCUUCAGAUAUACAGGUUUUGACAUUACUCGAAUCGGGAAGCGGAGAUGUUGAUAUUCUUCUGCAUGCUACUGCAUUCCAACGAUUCACCGAAUUGAUAUCGCUAGACAUUCAAGGGAUAGAUUACAGUGAUCUUUCCAUGAAAGAGGCGAAUAAUCGUACAGAGAAAGGCGGUAUUAUUCUCGCGCCUGAUGCAUUGUAUCCUCUAGGAUCUACUUUACUGUAUCUAAAUCUGGAACGAGUUAAAUUAUCAAAUUUAAAUUUGUCAAACAAGGACAAGGCAAAUUUGGUAAUCAAGCCAAUGAAUUCGCAAAAAACAGAAACGGUCGAUGAAAAUCAGAUGGCCGCGAGCAAUACCAGCCAGCAUAAAGGACACAGGCUUAUUUUUCUCAGUCAGCAGAACAAUGAGGAUAAAGAGAUAUUGCCGUAUGAUUUAUACAAGCAAGAAUUGGAAGGCUAUAGAGAAAAUGUCGAUCUGUUCGCCGCGCUCGGUGUGUUGACGCAUUUAAGAGUAUACGAUUGCGCAUUGAAAGAUAUAUCUUGGCACAUGUUUGACGGCCUCAACAGCCUCCUUUAUCUCUCACUGGAAAAGAAUAGUUUGAAGUUCGUUCCUGAAUUCUGCUUUUAUGGCACACCAAACUUGAGAUCACUAUCGCUGGCAAGCAACGAAUUAUUGACCCUGAAAAGUGUAGAUCUGGCGGGAUUACUUAUGCUGGAACAUCUGGAUUUAAGACAGAAUAAUUUAACAUUCCUAUCGGAAUUAUCGUUUCCACCUUUCCCGGCUCUCGUAAGUGCCGAUUUCACGGACAACCCUCUGGAUUCCAUUUUUCCAAGUACCUUCGAGAUCAUGAAUACGACAAUAAAAUUGUAUCUCGGAGGUAUAACAUCAAAAUUGAAACUACAGAAGAACUCGUUACUGGGACUACGUCGAGCUGAGAUAUUACAUUUGUACAAUCUAGAGAUACCUAUAUUAGAACGUUUCAUCUUGCAAGGAUUACCAUCGCUGACGCAUCUUAAGAUGCGAGGAAACGUUUCGAGCAUCGAUUUCGAUACGUUCGUCGACCUUAUUAAUUUAAUAGAUCUUGAUUUAAGUCAUUGUCAUGUUCAGCGAAUUUCUAUGGAUGCUUUCUAUGGUUUGGAGAAAGUUAAGAGAAUUGAUUUAUCGAACAAUGAUCUCGAAUCUGUGCCACCCGGUUUAUUCACUGCUCAACAGCAGAAGGAAUUGAAAGAAAUUAUACUUACAAAAAACAAAUUAACUUCGCUACCUUUAGAUUUCUUUAGAAAUUUGAGAUUGCCAAAUAAACAAACGCGUAUACAAAAUAUAAGAUUAGACGACAAUCCUUGGGAUUGUGCGUGCGCCAUGAUCAGCUGGAAUCCUAAUCUGGUAAACAGAAAUAAGGAAACAGCUCCACGCUGUUCAACGCCAAAACGAUUGCAAAAUUGGGGAGUUUUCUAUGCAUUGCGUAAAGGUGGUUUGCAAUGCAGAAAUCCGAAAAAAAGGUACCUUCGAAAGUUUCUGAAAACGAGAAGCUCUGACGAAGAUAACAAUAUCAGUUAGCUAAUCUCUCUUUUCAAAUUAUAUGUACAUGUUGAUAUACAUGGAGAGGAUUAUGAAAGACAUAUAUUAAAAAUUUUUAUAACACA